UAUAUUUUGGCGCGAUGCCGGGGAGAGAGAUGGCCGCCCGCCGGCGUAUCGAAGAGAGAGAGAGCGAGCGUCGGAAAAUUUGAAAAAGAGUCGGUGUACGCUGAAAUUACAGAUUUGCCCUAGUUGCUAGUAUAAAUUUGGCCUCGACUCCCCCUCAUUCUUGUUCUCGACGACUGCCUGAACCUGGAGGUCAGAGCAAACUCCGUUGGGCGAAAGCUCCCUCUCUCCUCUCCGAUGGCCGUGGCGUUGUCAGCCUCAAACCCUAGCCCCUCGUGCCCGAAGCAUGCGUAGAACUAAACUCUACAAUCAUCAUUUCUAGAAGACAAUUGCUCGCGAAUUCAAUUUUCGCUGUUGUCCGUUCCAAUUUGGCAGAACUUUUAUAUGUGCUGGGCCUGCAUUUUGGCAUUAUCAAAAUGAUGAUGCUGCAAGUUUCAACUUCUGUGGAGAAGGCAGGAGAUUCUUUGACCACUAUAUUUUGAUGGGCGAAUUCCCUUCCUGCAAUUUUGGUUUGUAUGGAUAGUGAAGCCUAUAAAUCUGUAUUUUUCUUUAAGCCUGAGCUACCAGAAGGAGUGCCAUCAUUUGUGCGCAUUGAUCAGAAUGAUUUCUUGGGCCGAAAACACAAAAAGCUGAAAGAAGAGGACAUUGCCAUCUGUGAGUGUAAAUAUACUGCCAAUGAUCCUGACAGUGCAUGUGGGGAUAGGUGUUUGAAUGUUCUAACAAGCACUGAAUGCACUCCUGGCUACUGUCCCUGCAGUGACUAUUGCAAGAAUCAGAGGUUCCAGAAAUGUGAAUUUGCUAAAACAAAGCUAUUUAAGACUGAAGGACGAGGAUGGGGCCUUUUAGCUGAUGAGCAUAUUAAGGCUGGGAAGUUCAUUAUUGAAUAUUGUGGCGAAGUAAUAUCAUUGGAUGAAGCAGUGAAAAGGUCCCAAGCUUACGAAGCCCAAGGUCUCAAGGAUGCAUACAUCAUUUCUCUUAAUGCCAAUUAUUUUAUAGAUGCGACUAAAAAGGGAAGCUUUGCUAGGUUCAUAAACCACUCAUGCCAACCAAAUUGUGAGACAAGGAAGUGGACAGUUUUGGGGGAAAUAAGGGUUGGUAUAUUUGCAAAGCAAGAUAUUUCAGUUGGAACUGAAUUGGCAUAUGAUUACAAUUUUGAAUGGUAUGGUGGUGCAAAUGUUCGCUGUCUGUGUGGGGCACCCAACUGUUCCAAAUUUCUUGGGGCAAAGUCCCCUGCUUUCCUGGAGCAUAACCAUGUAUGGGAAGAGGGUGAUGAUAGAUAUACGGUUGAGAAAAUCCCACUCUAUGAUUCUGCAGAGGAUGAACCUUCAGUAAAACUCCCUGAACUUAAAAGCUCCUAUAGACCUGAAUUUCUUGCAAGUGAGAAGAAUAAUUUCUCUGUGCUAAUGGAUGGUGUGGCAUCUGGACAUCAGUUGGACCCUACUGCUGUUCCCAUGGGAGGUGUGGCAAUGAAUAGAGCAAAAACUGAAAGAGAAGAGAAGUUUUUUUCGCAAGCCACUCAGCAUGCCUUUCAAGCAAAAAAUCCAAUGAUAUCUCGAAUUCGAAGUAACAGUGCUUGUAGGAAUUAUCAAAUUGGAUCAAGCCCUAUUGCAAAGAAAAAAUCACAGAAUAUUCCUAACAAAAAGCCAAAAAGUACAGGUGGAAAACAAAUUGAUGGAAAGUAUGUUGCCCAACUUUUUAAAUCGAGGGAAGCACAGGAGGAAAUCAUGAAAUGCGAGGAAAUCAGAACCGACGCCACCUCAAAGCUCAAUUCCUUGUACGAUGAAAUUCGCCCUGCCAUUGAAGAGCACGAGAGGGACCGCCAAGACAACGUGGAUAUCAGUUUAGCGGAGAAGUGGGUGGAAGCCAGCUGCUCUAAACUGAAAGCCGACUUCAACCUCUAUUUCUCCAUUGUCAAGAACGUUGUCUGUCCGCAUCCUCUCGUGCCAUGCGAUGAAUCCCAACCCCAACCCCAAGCCUCUGAAGGCGACGAGGCAUGUGCCAACCCAAUACCAGAAGCACAACCUUUUGAACGCGAUGCGAUGGGCAAGGCUGCUUUUGGUGAUCCAAAACCAGAAGCAAGACCUUCCAAUGAGACUGAUGCCAACUUCUCAACAAGUUAACUCCCAGUAAUAUGCUCCGCUCACCCAACUCUUCUGAGGAUUCAUAUAUAUUUUUUUAUCUAAGAUCAUAACCCGUGCUCAAAAUAUUCUAACAAACUCAGGCAUUUUAUCCUGAUAGUUUGGCCUAUGCCUCCCGUAAAAUCCUAUUUCUCUAUGGUCCCCUUUUCAGGCCUAUUUUGUUCUUCAUUUCUUCUCUUUAGACAAAAGAGUUCAACAGAGUCUUCUUCCUAGAGCAGGAUAUUCCAAUCAUUGAACCAAUUAUCAUUUAGUUGCAAUGCUAUUUAACUCUUUCUUUUUUCUUUUUUUGAGAUUGAGUGCUAAUGGAAUCUCAGCUAAGCUAGUUUGGUUUGGUCAGAUAUGAUGACAUGAUGUUAUUAAUUUUCAAUUUAAGAUUGUUGUUUUUUGCUUUUA